GUCAACAUUUCUUAUAUAUGAAAAGCAAAUUUCAUUUCGGUAUAUUUAAUAUUCUCCGUUCGAUUGCUGUGUUAGUAGAGUAUUUUCAUUUGAGAAAGUGUCCCUCUGUGCCCCAAUUAUUUUGUGUUAUUUUUUAGCGAACAGCUUUGGUGCCAAGCGCCUUUCAACACAAGACAAUGGGCUAUUAAAUGUAGGUAGUUUUCGAAGAAGAAGUAAUGGCAAAGUCACCGUUGUACCGACAACUGCUUGUUGUUCUGUGGAAGAACUGCAUGAUCAGAAAAUUUCAUUGGUUUUUGACAAUAUGUGAAAUCCUUGUGCCUGUAACUUUAUUUAUGCUGGUUGUUAUAAUGAGAGCCAAAUUACCGGAUCUUGGGAAAGAGCAAGUUAACAUACCCACUUACAAUGAGCAGCAUCCCGCUGAAUACUUCUACCAUGAGAAGUUCAAUCAUAAGUACAAAAUUUACUAUGCCCCAACUACUGUGUUUACGACUCGUUUAAUGCAAAAUGUACAGAUUGUCUUUCAGUUGUCCAAUGAAGCUGUGAUGGGUUUUGCGACAGUAGCUGCUCUAAAUUCAUAUUAUGAAAAACACGGUCCCGAUGAGGACGGCAUGAUGAUGGUAAUUUUUAAUAAUUUAACGGGGGACCCGGUGCCAAAACAAUUAAAUUACGUGAUCAGACCUUACGAGAGCCACGUACAUUGGGAAACAAAUACUUUAUUUAGUAAAAGCCAGCAGUAUAUUCCGGAAUCAGGGUCCGAAACCUACAUGGAUACAGGAUUUAUGGCACUAAAAAUGGCCUUGGAUACCUCAUUUUUAGAAAUAGCCUCAGGCGAAAAAGCGCCUGUAGCGAUUACGAUGCAAGAAUUCCCUUAUCCGCCGUACAAAAACGACAAAGGCCUUAGCGAGAUAUUCCAAUCCUUUUUACCCGCUGUCACCGUCUUUAGCUUUGUGUUUCUCUGUCCAAGUGUGUUGAAACGUGUCAUUGAAGAAAAAAGUACAGGAAUUAAGGAACUAAUGAAAAUGAUGGGUUUGAAGUCUUGGAUGUUAUGGUUGGGAUGGUUUCUGCACGCUUUUUUUGUUAGCGCUCUAUCGGUUUUUAUAAUUACGCUUCUUUUAAAAGGAUCGUUAUGGAAAGUGGAACCUGCCGUCCUUGAAUAUUGUAGCGGAUCUGUGUUUUUUUGUUUUUUACUGUUGUAUACAGCUGCAGGGAUUACAUUUUUGUUUGCGAUUAGCACACUGUGUCACAAACCCACAAUCGGAGUGGUCAUUGGUACGGCACUAUGGAUUUGGACCGACUCUAUUUUGCGCACUUUCCUUGGUAAAACUGUGAAUAUGAAAUGGUAUAAGAAAAUGUUUGUGUCGCUUCUGCCAAACACAGCUCUAUACCAUGGUUAUAUUACAAUAUCACUGUACGAAUCAAGAGAAGUGGGAGUGAGCUGGAAUAAUUUGUUCACGCCCCCUACUGGUGGAAAGGAAGAUGUCGCCCUCGGCGAUAUGUUUGUUAUGUUGAUUGUCGGCAUGAUUUUCUACACGCUGCUUACUUUCUACAUCGAUGCUGUCAACCCAGGUCCAUAUGGACUUGCUAAGCCUUUCUCUUUCCCCAUAACUUAUAUUUAUGAUUGCAUAUUUAAGCGUAAUAAAAGCAGUCGUGUUAUUGACAGUGGUGAUGUGGAAGUAUUUAGGGAAUAUUGCAAAGUGGAAACGGCUCCAAACUUAAAGCCCGGAAUACAAAUAAAGAAUUUGUACAAAACCUUUGGAAAGCAAUCUGUUGUUAAUGGUUUAACUUUAGAUAUAUACGAAGAUCAAAUUACCGCAUUACUCGGACACAAUGGUGCUGGGAAAACAACUACCAUGUCUAUCAUUACAGGAUUGAUUGGGGCGACCAGUGGUAAAGUAUUGAUCAGUGGCAAAGACAUCAAAUAUCACAUGGGCGAAAUACGUUCCUCUCUAGGACUCUGUCCUCAGCAUAAUCUUCACUUUAGCAAUCUUACCGUAAUGCAGCACCUCAUUUUCUUCGGGAUGCUGAAAGGGUUGUCGAUGGAGAAUGCGGCCAAGGAAGCCCAAAUUUUACUUACGCGCAUGGGUAUCGCGCCCAAAAAGGAUACUCUGGCUUCAAGCAUGUCGGGUGGUAUGAAAAGAAAACUGUCCUUAGCAAUCGCACUUAUAGGCAAUUCGAGGGUGGUAAUUUUGGAUGAACCGACUUCCGGUCUCGACCCGGAAUCGCGGCGGGAAAUAUGGGACAUGCUACUGUCGUUAAGGGGAUCACGUACGAUACUCAUAACCACACAUUUCAUGGAGGAGGCCGAUGUUCUCGGCGAUCGCAUCGCCAUCAUGGAUCACGGUCGCUUAAUGUGUUACGGAACUUCGAUGUUUCUCAAAAAGGAGUUUGGUGCCGGAUACCAUUUAUCCUUGAUAUCCGAUGGUAACAAAACAAAUAACCAACUAAACGAAAUCAAGCAACUGGUAACCGGCAUCAUUCCAAAGGCGGUACUUGAGGCAGACUCUGGAAAUUACAUAACGUUUGUACUUCCGCACGAGGCAAAAUCUUCCUUUAGUACCUUGUUUGAGAAGCUCGAAGGGAAGAAGGCCGCUUUGGGCAUCUCCAACAUAAAUCUGUCGGUAACAACUUUGGAAGAAGUUUUUCUAAGAGUUGGUAACAUGGUUUUGAAAGAGGAAAAUAAAUCCAAACCGUUGGAGCUGGGAAGCACAAAAAGUAGUAGUACGAGCUGUUGUUGUCGUCAGAGAUUACAUGAACGUUUGGCAGCGUCUACAUCUGUCAGACGGAAAGGUAGUAAAAAAACCAAGUUACAACUAUGGUGUCUAUUCAAAAAGCGUAUACUGGUCGCCAAAAAGAAAUGGUUCAUAUUUCUUUGUCAGGUGGUUUUGGCUUUAGUGCUCACGUUUUUGUCAGUAUUCUUGGGCGACGCCGUACACCAGAUGACCGACUCAUUUAGUUCUAUGGAUUUCAAUUUAACCCGAUAUGGAGAGACGACUGUCAUUUACGGAGGUACGGACAGCGACGGCGAAUUGUCCAAAAUUAUGCAACAUUACGACAGACUUGUUCAACAACAAUGGAGCGCCACAAGAAAAACUACGAGCGUAUCGGGAGAAAUAUUGAAGGAGGGGGUUGCAAAUAUACAAUUCUACAACCAGCAUAUGGUUGUCGCUGCAGAAUUUAAUAAAACCAGUAGCGGACAGCGAAUUGUAAACGCGAUGUAUUCAAAUAGCGCCAUUCACGGUGCCCCGAUUUCUUUCAAUCUGAUUAUGAAUGCUGUUUUAAAAGGAAUGGUGGGUGAAGAGUAUAGCAUAGUGGCCGGCAAUAGCCCAUUACCUGUAACGCAAGGAGAAUACGUAGAAGAAGCAUCUGAGGUUGAGGUUGCAAGUCUGUGGCUCCUCCUGUUUCCUUUGGGAAUGUUAUUUUUAACAAGCACAUUUGUGCUAUUUCCCCACAUGGAGCGGGUAAGCAAUAUAAAACAACUGCAGUUGAUGUGUGGAAUUCGUUCGUUUUUGUACUGGAUAAGCUGUUACUUGUGGGAUCUGAUUUUAUAUUUCGUCACUGUUCUCCUAAUACUUGCUACGGUUCGGAUUUAUGGCUUCGUUUUUUCAAAAAUUUUCAGCGGAUUUAACGAAAUUGGCGCUCUAUUUGUAAUACUAACAGCGUAUGGCUUUAGCAUAAUACCGCUGGCAUAUUUAUUCAGUUAUAAGAGUACUGCGGCUGGAGCGUUCGGUGCUUUUUUAAUGAGUAACUUAUUUACAAGCAACAUAAUGACCGUGAUCGUCAUGGUAAUGCUGCUUUCUGAGGAAUGGAAGAAAAUGGGUGUGGUGCUAAAAUAUGUAUUGUCGUUAUCCCCACAAUUCGGUCUAACAUUCAACAGUGUACAGUUUGCGAAGAAAGCUGUAAGGAACUACAACUGGAACAUAAAAUCCGCCGAAAUACGACAGACUGUAUGCCAAUUUAGGUAUAAUCCUUGCUGCGAUGGCGAUGAUACACCACUAUGCAUAAAGUACAAAUCUUAUUUUUAUGGAGAUGAUUCGAUGGGUCUAAGCCUUAUAAUAAUGCUCUUCUCCACAGUUCUGUAUUUUACUUUUCUUUUAUUUUUGGAAACAAACAUCGUUCAUAGACUUUGGGAUAAAUUUUUAGUUUUCAUUUAUAACCAAAUACAUCGCAACCGAAAACCUAAAGGGCAUGAUGAGCUGGACAGUGCCGGUCACGAAGACGUUUUCUCUGAAUCGAAAAGAGUAUACAGCACCUUGCACAAAGAAAAAAAUGAAAAUCCAAUUUACGGCGAUGAAACUGAGGAUCUGCUACUGGUGCAUAAUUUACAAAAAGUCUACUGGGGCCAAAAGGUUGUGAAAGGGGUCAGCUUUGGGGUCAAACCCGGCGAUUGUUUCGGCCUGUUGGGUGUUAACGGAGCCGGAAAGACAACAACCUUUCGUAUGCUCACAGGCGAUCAACCUUUCCUUGACGGUGAAGCACGAAUUCACUCGAUCGACGACGGAGAUGUCUAUAUUUCUAAGGACAGUAAAAGAUAUCUGGAAAAGGUUGGAUAUUGUCCACAGUUCGAUGCACUUAACGAGGUUUUGACUGGACGUGAAAUGUUGCGGCUCUUUGCCGAACUUAGAGGAAUCCAAGAGGGUGUCGAAGAAGAGAUUAACAUGUGGCUACACGCUUUAGGUUUAGAAGAGUUUGCCGAUAAUCUAUGUGGACUCUAUAGCGGAGGAAAUAAGCGUAAAUUGAGUAUAGCGAUGGCUUUAAUUGGUAGUCCACUGUUAGUUAUGUUGGAUGAGCCCACAAGCGGUGUAGAUCCUAUAGCACGCCGUAAAUUGUGGGAUACCAUACAUUUCAUUCAGUCUCAAACAAUUAAACCUUCAAUUAUAUUAACAUCACACAGCAUGGAGGAAUGCGAAGUGUUGUGCAAUAAACUAGCAAUUAUGAAGGCCGGCCAACUUGAGUGUUACGGGACCAUACCGAAAUUAAAGGAGAAAUACGGCCAAGGCUACACAGUAAUGCUGAAAUUAAAGUCGUGUAUUAACAUUGUUGUUAAUCAUGAUGAUACCGAUAGCACUGCAAGUCAAAGUCAGCCUCUAAGUGCAAAUUCGAGGCGUGACACAAAUUUGGCGAGCGGAGAUUCUGAAGAGGUGAAGAACUUGAUGCUCGCCUUUGAAAAUAAAUAUAAAGACCUAUGUACACUGCGAGAUAAACAUGCUGGUUUACUGCACUAUCACAUAAACGAUAAAACCAAAAAGUGGAGCGAAUUGUUUAAGGAAAUAGAAGAGUUGCAACGCAAACAUACAAUAAUUGAGGACUAUAACAUAAGUGAAACCUCUUUGGAGGAGGUAUUUUUGUCAAUCGCGCGAUCUGAUCCCAAACCUGCAGCCGAAAUAGUAUUAUAAGCGAAAUGCUGACUGAUUAAUAAGCAUUUAAAUAUUGUGAUAUUAUUUAUUAUACCCAAUAGGUGAAAUGCUUGCAGCAAAGGAAGUUUCACUUUUUGUGGAAUUUUUCAAUUAUUGGACAGGGUUUAAACUUUGUUGCUGCACAAAGUGCUCGAAUGUAUUUAUUUAAUGUAACAUGUUAAUUCUACCAACAAGAUGUAGAAUUUUCAUUAUUUAUAUUUAGUUUGUAACUAUUGCUCACAAAAAUUCACAUUUAACUAUAUACGAAAUACAUAUUUGCAACUUGUU